AUGGUGAUGCGUAAGGAUGGUGUGCUGAUCGUAAAGCUUGUGGAUCUGGAACUGGCUGAAAGCAUGGCAGACGAACAUGAAUUAUGUGACUAUAUUGGCACACCUGGCUUCAUAGCUGAAGAAGUCGCCGCACACCGGUAUACUCAUGGGGGCGGUCGUCUCGGAGAGUCGACCGAGAAGCCUACUCCUGUGUCUGUGAUAAAUGCCAUCUUCCGCUAUAAUCCACUGCAUGAUCUGGAGUCUAUCUGGUGGGUUGCCUACUACUACAUCUACCGGAGGAUCGUCGUCAGCGUGGAUGGCACUCCACUCACAGCCGACGAUGAGUCCCAAAUGGAAUGGCCCUGCAACGCGCGUCAUUGUGCGAAGAGAUUAUUCUACGACGAAGUUGAGAGGUCCCACAUGCUCUCCCAAUAUCAACCACUCGCGGACCUAUAUUGUUGCCUCCACAGUUCGGUCGUGGGGAUCGCCAAAGUGCUCCAACAGCUCAAGCGCUGCCUUGUUGAGGUCUACUUCGAGGCGGAGGAGGACUGGAGAACAAUCGAUCAUACCGUCGGCGAGAAACACGAUUUGACGAACACCUUCGCGGAUGUCUUCGAGAUGAUUGCUAUCGAGCAGCCGCGCGGUAUAAUGAUUGGCCACUUUGGAGCACUGACAGAGGCAGGAGAAGUUGACAACGGUGCUCAUGAAGACGAGAAGUCUGCUACCUCAUCCGGGACGGAUUCUACGGAUCGAGAGAGUGACUGA